AUGGCAACCGAAUGCCCCUUAAUGUACUGCCGGUAUUCAAUCGAAGCAGAUAGCUUACCUGUCACACCUUGGCAAGCUAGGGCCAUGUGGAUACAUGAGCUACAAAAACAAACUAAAGGGGACUCCUAUUGGUCCGGAAUAAGUAGUUUCCAAUCCAAAGGUGGCACGGACUCACCCCGUGAAAAUAUUGUCUGCACUUAUGAUGAUGUCCAGUAUGGAAAUGAGACAGACUGGAGGUCAGUUUCUGAAUCUUCAACGCAUCAAAUGACCACUGAGCAUGAGAUUGAGAAGCACGAAGAUCCACCAGCCAUACUUCGGGAUAAGGAGAUUGUUGUGGGUUCUUCCGUAGAAAUUCCUGUGCCAGUUGUGGCUGUUGUUGUUAAUGAUGACGAUGAUGAUGAUGAUGACUGGCUUAAAGAUGACUCGGACUUAAUUGGGUAUACUGGCACCUCACUUAAUUUGAACGAAGAUGAUAUAUCAUUUAGUGAUUUAGAAGACGAUUUAGACUCCACUGUACCAUAUAAAUACAAAACAACUACAGCUGAAAGGAAUAGAACAACCAAAACUCCAUGA